ACGUGCUACAGCGGGAGCGCGCAUUCAGCCUUCACACAGGACGACGCGUUAUCUAUAAAAGAAAAAAAAAGAGAGACAAAAAGAAGAUUAAAAAAAAUCUCCUGAUAAAAGGAAGAGGGAUUUUUUAAGUUCUGAGAGAGGAGAAGUGAGCUCUGAGAAGGAUGGUUUGAUGCUUUGGAGCUGAAAGGAGGGGCGAGUGUCGCCAAAGAAGAAAAAAAAAGAUAAUAAUAAUUUAAAAAAAAAAAAAAAAGGAAAAAGAAAGCCUGAUGGAGGGUAAGGGAUGUGAGCGUCUCCUGCCACCCACCACAAAUCGAUUGCGUUCCAGCCACAAAUCUCUCCAGUUUGACGCAUAAAACGGUGUGGAAGAGUUGAGUCGGACAGGAAUACACUCACACACACACACACACACUCACACACACACCACCGGCUGCCACCAAGCAGUGCUGAAAAAGCCAUGCAGGCUGAGAAGAGAUGGCACAUAUUGUUGAGUGUAAUUCUUUUGCUCAUCACCUCCAGCCAGUGCAUGGACAGCAGAGAAGCGAUGCACGGGGACAAGCAAACUCUGCUGGACCUGCUGCUGCGUGUGAUCAGGGACAGCAAGCGGGAAAAGCUCAACACGCGGGAAAAAUCCCCCCAGCACUGGCCCAUAGAGAUCGUCCUCAGAGAUGUCAGCCUUAAAGACCGGUUUAUAAAACAUUUCACAGCAGGACCAGUCACGUUCCCGCCGGAGUGCAGGAUGCAUUUUCACAGAAUUUACCACAACACGCGGGAGUGUUCCAGACCAACAUUCUAUAAAAGAUGUGCACGAUUGCUGAUGAGGCUAGCAAUGAGCCCACUGUGCGCUCAGCCGUAGCAACAGAAGUGAAAUAUACUGAAGUUACGGAAGACGGAGCUCUGAGGAAUUUUGAGCAAAUUUAUUUUCCGAGGAAGUGCCUUCCAGUCACAUCGGUUAGAGCUAGGAAUUAAAAUAUAUUACUGAAAUACUGCAACGUUUUAGGAUUUUUUUAAAUCAUUAAAUCAUUU